AGCUGGGCUUUGAUUUUAUCAAAGUUGAAUGAGCCUGGCCUGAGGUCCGGAAAACAUUCUUAUGAAAUUAAUCUCAAAAUCCAACACAUGAACGACGUCCACCUUGUUUCAUGUUUCAAGAAUGUGGAGAUUUCAGUAGUCUUCUUUAUGCAAGAUGUUAAGUAAAACAGCAACAAAGAUCUUAAGCAGAACAGAACUCCCCUGUUUCCAAGAAACAUGUUCUCAUCUUAUUUCCUUCUGCAACUCCAAGUCUUUAAGGCAAGGUGUUUGCAUUCACAGUCCAAUAAUCAAGCUGGGUUUUCAAGACCACUUGUAUCUAAACAACAAUCUGCUAUCUCUCUAUUCAAAAUGCUUUACUUUGGACUAUGCACGCCAGUUCUUCGAUGAAAUGCCAUAUAGAGAUGUUGUGUCUUGGACUGGGAUUCUUUCUGCUUAUGUUAAGCAUGAAAAACAUGAAGAGGCACUUGGAAUGUUUCAGGAAAUGAUGGGUUCUGGUCCUUGUCCGAAUGAAUUCACUUUUUCAAGUGUUUUAAGGGCUUAUUCUGCUUUAGGAGAAUUCAGUUAUGGAAAAUGUAUUCAUGGAUGUGUCAUUAAACAUGGGUUUGAGUCAAACCAGAUUUUGGGGUCCGUUUUGAUUGAUUUGUAUUCCAAGUACGGUUCUAUUGAGGAAGCAUGUAGGUUAUUUAUUUGUGUGGAUAAUGGUGAUGUUGUUUCGUGGACAACGAUGAUUUCUUCUCUUGUUCAAGCAGGCAAAUGGAGUCAGGCAUUGAGGAUUUAUAUUGAUUUGAUUAAGGCUGGUGUUUAUCCAAAUGAAUUCACUUUUGUUAAGGUUUUAGCUGCAGCGGGGUUUCUUGGUUUGAAACAUGGAAAAGUGGUUCAUGCCCAUUUGAUAGUUUUCGGGGUUGAGUUGAACUUGGUAGUGAAGACUGCCCUUGUCCAUAUGUAUUUCAAGUGCCAGAGGAUGGACGAUGCUGUAAGGAUUUCAAAGCUGACACCAGAGUCUGAUAGGUUUUUGUGGACUGCUAUUCUCUCUGGGUUGGCUCAAAACUUGAAGUUAAGGGAAGCUGUAGUUGCAUUUCAGGAGAUGGAGGCCUCUGGAAUUUUAUCGAACAAUUUUACAUACCUGAGUAUUUUGAAUGCUUGCUCGUUAAUUCUGUCUCUUGAUUUAGGGAGACAGAUCCAUGCAAGGGUGAUCAUGGCUGGUUUGGAGGAUGAUGUUCCUGUUGGAAAUGCACUUGUUGACAUGUACAUGAAAUGCUCUCAUGAGGUAAAAGAUGGCUUGAGAGUGUUCAAAGGCAUGGAGUCGCGUGAUGUAAUCUCUUGGACAUCUUUGAUUGCUGGCCUUUCUGAACAUGGUUUUCAUCAAGAUUGUUCUGACUCGUAUAUGGAGAUGACAGCUUCUGGGCUGCAACCAAAUUCUGUUACGCUAUCAAUCAUCCUCAGAUCCUGUAGGGCAGCAAAAUCUGCAAGUCAAUUAUUGAAGCUGCAUGGACAUGUAAUCAAGACGAAUGCUGAUCAUGAUAUUGUUGUCAGUAAUGCUCUUGUAGAUGCUUAUGCUGGAAAUGAAAGGGUAGAUGAUGCAUGGCAUUUGAUUAGAAAUAUGAGCCAAAGAGAUGCCCGCACAUACACAGGUUUGGCCACAAGGCUCAAUCAGAUGGGCCAUCAUGAAAUGGCAUUGCAUGUAAUCAAUCACAUGUUCAACGAUGACAUUAAGAUGGAUGGAUAUAGCAUGGCCGGCUUCUUAUCCGCGUCAGCUGGCUUGAAUAGCGUGGAAACUGGAACGCAACUUCAUAGUUAUUCUGUGAAAUCUGGUUUAGGCAGCUUCAUUUCAGUCUCCAAUGGCCUAGUUAGCUUUUAUGGGAAAUGUGGACUUACACAUGAUGCAGAGCGAGCAUUUGCAGAAAUAAGUGAGCCAGACAUCGUAUCAUGGAAUGGAUUGAUAUCCGUGUUGGCAGCCUAUGGGCAUAUCUCUUCUGCUCUCUCUGCUUUUGAUGAUAUGAGGUUAACCGGAAUCAAGCCUGAUUCAGUUACCUUCUUGUUAGUGCUUUUCACUUGCACUCAUGGUGGUUUGGCUGACAUGGGUCUCGAGUAUUUUAAUUCAAUGAAAGAAAUGCAUGGCAUAGAGCCUCAGUUGGAUCACUAUGUUUGCUUAUUUGAUCUCCUUGGCCGAGCCGGGCGGCUAGAGGAGGCAAUGGAAAUACUAGAAACCAUGCCUAUUAAGCCAAAUGCUUCAAUCUACAAGACUCUACUGGCAGCGUGCAAAGUUCAUAGGAUUGUGCCUCUUGGGGAAGAUAUAGCCAGGCGAGGUCUCAAGCUUGAUCCAUCGGAUCCUGCAUUCAAUCUGAUACUUGCAAACUUGUAUGAUAGUUCUGGACGGCCUGAUUUAGCUGCAAUGAUUCGCAGGUCGGCGAGGGAUAAAGGUUCAUCUCUUCAACAAAGGAGUUGUAGUUCACAUCCUAUGUGUGAAAAUCUUGGAUCACUAACUACAUAGUAUAAAGAUCAGGGGUAUCAAUCUGACGAUAAUGAAGAACAUUUUUACCAGGAUGAGAAUAUUGAUAACCGGACUCAGUCUCCUAAAUAUGCCAUUAAAAGCUUCUCUGUAUACAACUUGAACUUGUAGAGACCAUGGUGUUUCCUAUUUGUGAUUGUACGCAUGGCCUGCUGCAAUUAAGAAGAGCACACAGUAUUGCACUGAUCCUUGUGAAUUUUCUGGACUUGUCCAAAGUGGUAAUCCUAAACCGUAUUCUUUAUUUAAUAGCAAAUCAAUUUUCUUCGUU